AUGGAGGAGCCUCCCCACCUGUUCCUGUGCCCCAUCUCCAUGGAGCUCAUGGAGGAGCCCGUCACGGUGUCCACCGGCGUCACCUACGACCGCCGCAGCAUCGAGCGCUGGCUAUUCUCGUACGGCCGGACCACCUGCCCGGCCACGAUGCAGCCGCUCGCCAACCUUGACCUCACCCCGAACCACACCCUCGCGCGCGUCAUCUCCUCCUGGCUCGACCGCGGCUCCUCCUCCUCCUCCUCGUCUUCGUCGUCGCCGUCUACAUCGUCGCUGUCGAGUCCGGUCCACGAGCUGGGGACGCCGCUGACGAGGAUGCUGGAGGAGGAGCGGCUGCGGUCGGCGCUGGGCGACCUCGAGGAGACGCCGUUCAAGGUGACCGCGCUCAAGAGCAUGCGGAGCUGCAUGGCGGGCGACGUGGCCAUGCAGAUCAUCUUCGUCGCCUCGGGCGGCGUUGAGGCGCGCGGCAGCGCGGAGGCGAGGCUGCACGCCAUGGACAUCCUCACCAAGAUCUCCAGUGCCGGCGCCGGUGACCACUGGACCGCCGGCAUCGACGUCGAUGACGUGCUCAAGUCCCUCCUCGAGCUCCUGUCCGACGAGGUCUCCGCGCGCCUCAGCUCGCGCGCGCUCGACGUGCUCCUGGACGUGGUGGAGCGGUCGCCGAGCGGCCGCGCCAAGGCCGUGGAGGUCGGCGCGGUGCACGUCCUCGUCGAGCUCCUCGUCGUGGACGCCGACGACCGCCACGUCGCCGAGCGGAUACUGCUGCUUCUCAAGCGGCUGUGCAAGUGCCCCGAGGGGCGCCUUGCCUUCGCCGAGCACGACCUGUCGGUGGCAGCCGUGGCGAGGACAAUGCUGCGGGUGUCGGAUCUGGCCACGCAGCUGGCCGUCAAGGUGCUGUGGCUCGUGUCCAUGGUGGCGCAGUCGGAGAAGGUGCUCGAGGACAUGGUGCUCACCGGCGCCGUGGCGAAGCUGCUCGGGCUGCUGCACGUCGAGAGCGCGCCGUCUACGAAGCAAAAGACGGUGAGGAUGGUGAGGAUCCACGGCGUGUUCUGGAGGCAGUACCCUUGCUUCCCCACAGACCUCAAGGAUUACUUGAGGUUGCUCGAUUGA